AUGGCAAACGCAUUCGCUCGACCCCAGUACAGCGACCCAAACGACCUCGCAACGGCCGUGCGCGACGUCGUACACAUCAACCGCAACGGCACCUCACAGCCAGUGCCCUCGUCAUCAUCGCACCUCGCAGGUGGUGGCCCUCGCUCCGCAUCCCCACACAUGCCCGGAGCCUUCCAACCAGCACACACCCAUUCCAACUUGAACCCCGACGCCGUGACCAUGUCCAGCAAGAACAAGAUGGCAGAGGCCGAGAACCCCUUCGCAGAGCCCUCAGAGGCCUCUGUGCAGUUUGUCAACACUUCGUCGUCGUCUGGAGCCGCCCGUCUGAGCCCCGACGACAGGGAUGCCGACCGAGACACCAAGAAGGCGGAGCGUCGCACCGAGCGUCGUGAGCGCCGUCAGAUCACCCAGGGCCAGACCAAGGACGCUGCGUCCAAGAAGGGCUCUCGCCACGCCGAUGUCAUCGACACAUGGGACCCCACCGGUCUUGGGAGUGCCAUGUGGCAUCACUCUGGCCCGUACGACGCUGCUGCUCCGUCGCGCAACCUCAACCAGCCGCGGGCUCCCAUGCAAGCGUUCGGCCUCCCCGGUCAGCCAGGUGGGCCGCCUGCUGCCGGUGCCGGUGCCGGUGCAGCAGCACCUGCUCCUCCGCGCACGGGCCCUACGGCUAUUUCCCUCCCACCCCCCGUUCCAGCCAAGACUGGCGAGCACGAGCGCCGAGCGUCGGCGGCCGCUCGCCCCACAUCUGGCCGCCGCUCCAGCGGUGGUCUCAGCGGGCAGUACUCGACUUCGGUGCCCACCUCUGGUGGUGGCUAUUUUGGUGGCGAGGCGCCACAGGAAGACGAGGAGACUGCUUGGCGGAGGCGCCAGCGUGAGGAGAAGCAGCGUGCCCUCAAGGCCGCAUGGGGUAUUGACACGCCCGAACCAUUUGAGGACUUUGGCUUUUCGCCACGCGAGGACACUGUUGACCUUGCCGACUCCAACGACUACCCCGUAGGCAGUGUCAACAACAACAACAGCAACAACAACAACAACCGUGCCGCGCGCUCGCCUGGCCUCCGUCUCGGUUCGCUCGGCGCGCCGCGUAGCCCACCACUGCCCGAGGACACCGCAGUGUCGCCAACGGGCGACCAGCCUAUCGGUGGCUUUGGCAGUGGUGGCGUCGGUGGCCGUCCAGGCGGCGGUGUCAAGCGCACCAAGAGUCUGAUGCAGAAGAUCAAAAGCAUGGUGCGUCAAAAAUCGGAUGAGAACGUCCCACCGGUCCCCCCCGCAUUGGGUCCACGAUCCCAGUCAAUGUCUGCUGCGUCGGACACCCUCGGUCGUCACCCGCCCGUCAGCCCUGGCUGGCGCAAUGCCCCCGUCCUGGAGGAGGAGGAGGGAGGAUCAGACGGCGGGUACGGCAACUACAACGACUUCCCCGCUGGUUGGGAACACCCCACGGGGGCUACACCACCAGCGGCCGUCCCGACACGCAUCUAG